CAGAAGGAAUGGCCGGAUACUUUCAACGAAUGAAGAAAAGUGUCGGCAGCCUCUACACAGAUCCUAACAAGUGGGGAAUCGUCAAAUCUCUCGGAGUUUUCAUUUUCGGAAUCUAUAUUGCCAGAGAUCUUAAGGGAAUUAGUAUUGACGGAGCUGCAGGUUCCAUCUCAGCCUAGAUAUGCGGACUCUUGUAGUUCCUGGACUUAGACUUUGUGAAAGUGAUGAUAAACAUAUCUCCGGCCCAGGGACAUAUCUUAUGCAUGGUUACAUUUACUCCAGCCAUGUCGGAGAACUCACACUUAUCCAUACACAGAACAAUACAGUCAGUGUUGAGGUUGAAGGGUGUGGACAGAAGACGAUAGUUCCGUCUACCGGAGAUAUUGUAACUGUUAAAAUACUCUCCGUUAAUCCUAGGUUUGCCAAGGCGCAUAUAAUGUGCGUAAAGGAUGUUGUCCUCUCAGAACCUUUCCGAGGACAGAUCAGGAAGGAGGACGUUAGAUCUGUGGAGAAGGACAGGGUAGAGAUGUAUAAAUCCUUCAGACCCGGAGAUAUUGUUCUGGCGCGGGUCAUCUCCUUCGGAGAUGCCGGGGCCGGUUAUCUUCUGACUACAGGGGAGAACGAAUUGGGAGUUGUUAUCGCUAGAUCAGAGAUCGGAGCUUCUAUGGUUCCAGUUUCCUGGACGGAGAUGCAGUGUCCUGAUACUUAUAUUAAAGAGUACAGGAAAGUUGCUAAAGUCAUUCCUGAUCAUUUGGCAACUGCUCCAUGAUCAUUGAUCAUAGUUUCAGCUCUCUGAUCAUCUACUAUGUGAUCGGUGAUCCGUGAUUUCUACAAUACAUCUGUAGUCAUGUUCCUAUCAUUCUCUCACACGACCUUAUUGCUAUGUACUUGGAGAAUAAACAUUGUUUAAGCUUA